AUGGAUUUCAACAGCCUGAAGGAUCAAGUGAGCAAUCUCACGCUCUAUGACCUGAAGGCAGGCUUUCGCAAAGCUCAAAAUGCGGUGAUGAACUUUACAGAGAUGGAGGCCAAGGUCCGCGAGGCCACCAACAACGAGCCGUGGGGUGCAUCCUCGACUCUGAUGCAGGAGAUCGCCAACGGGACUUUCAACUACCAACUGUUGAACGAGAUCAUGCCCAUGAUUUACAAGCGCUUCACCGAAAAGGCUUCUGAGGAAUGGAGGCAGAUCUACAAGGCCCUCCAACUGCUCGAGUUUCUUAUUAAAAAUGGAUCAGAAAGGGUCAUCGACGACGCACGCUCCCACGUAUCGCUUCUGAAGAUGCUCCGGCAGUUCCACUUCAUCGAUCAGAACGGCAAGGACCAGGGCAUCAACGUACGGAACCGAGCCAAGGAACUCGCGGACCUCCUGGGUGACGUCGAUCGCAUACGGACCGAACGGAAGAAGGCACGCGCGAACCGUAACAAGUUCGGAGGCGUCGAGGGCGGCAUGGGCAUGGGCAUGGGCGGUGGCUUCUCCGGCAGUGGAGGUGGCAGUCGAUACGGAGGCUUCGGCAGCGAGCAAGCCGAGUACGGCGGUCACACGGGUGGAGUGUAUGGAGACGGAGGCGGCUUUGGAGGACAGGACCCCAGCUUCAACGAGACACAGCAACGUCGCGAGCGCUUCGACGAAUACGACGAGUACGAUGAGGGGGAAACCGUGUCGAGCCCGCCCAGGCGAAAGGAGCCCGCAUCGAGCUCUGCGAGAAGAGAAGCCAAAAAGUCGGAACCACCAAAGCCCAAGGCACCUGAGCCUGUGCCUGAUCUGCUCGCAUGGGACGACGAGCCUGCACCGGUCGCCAGCUCAUCAGGAAAACAGCCCGCCACCGCCGCCGCCGCGAGCAAUGACUUUGGGGACGACGACGACUUUGACGACUUCCAGUCUGCGGCGCCUGCUCCUGCUGCGAAGCCUGCUGGGUUUGGCAUGGCCGCUCCGGCGUCUACGUCGACGAUCAGUUCCAGCACUCAAUUUGCCGCACCGCAGCCCCAGUCUGCGGCUCAGAACAGCAACCUGAACGACUUGUUUGCCACGGUAUCUCCGGCGCCGUCCGCGAGCCGGAUCGUGUCUCCGCCCGCGCAGUCGUCGUCGAUGAGCUCGAGCUUCUCGCAGCCAGCCAAGCCCACGGGGUACCAAGCCUCGGGGCCCAACUACUUCACGUCGGUGCCCCAGCCCGCGCCGCAGUCGAGCGCGUCCACGCCUGGGUCCGUCAUGUCGCCGGGCGGCAUGGGCAAGAUAGGAGGUGGGGGUGCGCCCAAGAAGGCUGGUGGGGAUGCGUUUGCGUCUCUGCUCUCUGGUAGUACGACUAGGAAGGCGCAGACGCCGACGCAAAAGGUAACCAUGGGCGAUUUGGCCAAGCAGAAGACCAGUCAGGGAUUGUGGGGAGCACCCGCAUCGAGCUCAAGCACGCCAGCUGCACAGUCGCCGCAGUCGGGCUCCAAGCCUCCUGGCGGUGCGCUUGGUGAUUUGCUUGGUUAG